GAGGACUGAUAACAACACAGUGUGGAUAUGCCUCCAGCAUCAGCAUUAUUAAGAAUGUCCCCUAAUCCAGACAGAGGUUUGGGCGUUAGUUUGCUGCUGGGAAAUGACUAUGAGAGGAAGAAGAAGAAACUUCAGCUGGAGCUUCAACUGGACUACAAACACUAUGCUGCCCAGAAAAAGGAUCUAAAAACCCGUGAACCUUGUGAACAACCCCAGGGUUUCUCCUUACCUAUUGAGGAGAAAACAUCUGUUCAGGAAAAACUAAGAGAGGAGAGAAACAAAGAAUACAACCUCUUCCUACAGGAAAAAGCUAAAGUUAGAAGGUUAAAGAGAGGAACACCUCCUGUCACUUCAAAGCCUGAACAGGUUCAAGCUUCAGAUGCUGUGUACAUUUCUUCUCCAGCUUCACAUACAAACACACACCCUCCUCCCAGGGAGCGCCCUGCAUCCAGGAGAGAUGCUGCCACUCUGACUGAGGCAGUGGAUAAUGGAAAAAGCAGAGGGACAUGGGGUCCAGGCAAUCACGGACGAAGGCGAUGGCAACUCUAUAAACUGAAGGAGCCCUACAGCUCUGAGGAGGAGCCAAUCACUGACAACGAGGAUGAGUUGGAGUUCAGACGUAGGAGGCGACUAGACAGAUACACUCCAGAGCCUGAGUACAAAAAGGAGAGGAGAACAAGAGAACGCAGAGCUAACAGAGCUCCUCGGGACAUAAAGGAGGUGGAGGCUCCUGGUGUUCAUGAUCGGAACAACAAUGAUUGGGUUCAGAAGUCAGAUCUGCAAAUGCCAGACAACAUGAGGACGGCUGCAAGAUCCAGACCUGCUACCAGCAAGGAUAAAGCAGAGUUUGCUACUGGACUAUUGAUUGGAGCAACAGAGGAGCAGACGGCCUCUCAGAUGAGGAAAGAACAGUACAAGCAAGAACUGCUGCAACAAAUUGCCGAGCAGCAGAAAAAUAAGAUCAGGGAGAAGAAACUUGAGCUGAGGGUUGCUGCCACUGGAGCCAUAGACCCUGAGAAACAGCCCGACCGAAUUAAACAGUUUGGGGCUGUAAAUCGGCAAUAUGACAGCUGGAGACGAGAUGUCCCCUACAAGCCCGGAAUAGAUCUGGAGGCCGGAGGGAAAGACCCAAAUCCAAGGCCAACAGAUGACAAACCCAUUCAGGACACAGAACAGAGAAGCCCACCAGGAAAGUCUCAUAAGGACUACAGUGCAGCUCUCAGUCAGCUGACAGGGACGACAGCGCCUGGGUCCAUAACAAGAGCAGUGCAAGGUGUCUCCCCGCUGGACUAUUUUAAUGAGGACUACCACAGGGACUUCUCAAACAUGCUAGGAGAAGUGGCUAACCCGAGGGUUGCUGGUGUUCCUCUUCCUGUUGCUCCUACUGUACCUAAUAAUUACAACACUCCAUAUGAUGCAGCGUACUACUACUAUGGAACCAGGAAUCCAUUAGAUACUAAUCUUCCUUACAAUCAGAAUGAUCUGCCUGGAGGGGUGCAGCAGCCGUGGGAUUUCUAUAGUCCUCCUCAAAGACCACCUCCCAAAACCAGUGGCCACAACAAAGAAAGUGAUCAGCAUCGAGCGUAUCCCCUGGAUGUUGGAGAGCUUCCUGCAGACAAGUCCAAGCAGAGGAGAGAGAGUGUUCUGAACUACCAAGAAGCACUGAGACAGCAGAUCAAAGAAAGAGAGGAGCGUAAAAGAAGAGAAAAAGAAGAGAAGGAGCGAUAUGAUGCCAAAAUAGAGGCUGAGAUGAUGGCGUACAACCCCUGGGGGAGAAGCGGGGGAGGCGCUCCAAUUAAAGACCAAAAAGGCAACCUUGUUAGUGACCUGAAUCAAAUGCACAGGACCAACGAGGAGACAUAUAGGAAUCCUAUGUCUAGGAAUAGUGGAGAGACACAAAGCUUUUUAAUGAGGAUGGUAGACACUCCCAGAGAUAAAGCCAGGGCUCCCCUUUCCCAUCGAGUAUCAGGUUUCAAUGAGAAGCCAACUCCACAGCAGCUCCAAAUGCAGGACAAAUACAAAGAGGACCUGAAACAACAGAUAGAGGAAAAUAAGCAAAAGCAGGCACAGGAGGCAGAGCGAAUGAGGAUUGAGGAGGAGAAGGAAGAGAAGAGGCUGGCAGAGCAAAGGGCUCGCAUACAGCGAGAAUAUGAGGAGGAGCAAAGCAAGCAAAAGAAGAUUGAGCACAGGCUGGAAAACCGAGAUUGGAUCCAUGAGCCUAAAACACAACACCAGGAGGAGGAAAAGAGGGUGAGGCGGGAAGAAGAGAUUGAGAAGAAGGUACCUGAGAGCGCCAGGGACAGAGAGAAGAAAAAGGCGCUGUUGAGUUAUGAGAGAGAGCCAUCUCCUCCUGUCCCAACCUUGCAGAGGAGGCAGACAAAUCUUGUGGCAUCCAGACCUUCUACUGUUGUAAGCCAACUCUCCGCCAGGACUGAGCGCUCUGUGUCAGCGCCACAAUCCCGACCAGUCCCUGCGACGAAACCCCAGCUACAAGAUGGUCACCAGGAAGUGAUCAGAGAGCUGUCAGCCCUCCGUAGAUACCUGAGGAAAGAGCAGAGACAACUGGAGGUUCAGCUGGGUCAGACAGAUCAACAGGGGAGUCACUCCAUUCCCCCCAACAGACCCAGAGGACAACCCAGAGAGCACGCCUUUGAAUCGACACACAGGCAAGCUGUCCAGCCAUCAAUCAGGAGUCCCUCCUCUGGUGCAGCAUGUGUUAAUACGCAAAAUAUUAGGGAGUUCAACCAGCUUAAAUACAGAGACACAGCAUCUCGUGAAGAGGUCCGUCACAUGUACCCCGACCCUCCCACUGAUGCACAAAGUCUGGACAUCCAACAGCAGGCACUUCUUCGUGAACAACAACGAAAAAUCAGGCUCAUGAAGAGAGAGGAGGAGCCCGACUUUUUGGACCAGAAGUUGAGCCUCUAUCAUUCUAAGAACAAACCUGUACGCCACAUCCACAGAGACUCCAUACUGCCAUCUGAGACAUCUUUUAUUGAUGUUUACAGCGGUGAUGUAUGUGAAGAGCGGGUUCAUCAGCAGAGACCCCGUCAGCCCUCAGCAGAGCGCCAGGAGAGGACAGCCCCACGGAGGAGACGUGACUAUGAUGAGGUGGCUGUGUGUAUGGAUCAGACAGGCGGUAACAUUCAGCCAGAUGCUCAGUCUUUGGAGUCAGCGACUAGUUUGAACCUUGAAUCUAAAGUCAGAGCCAACAACCAGCACCGCAUCUCAAGACAAGACACUAGUGAUCAGCACGGCAGAUCAGAGGGUCUGUCUGGUGAUGAAGUGGAUGUCUUAUCUCUGCGUUCUGCCUUGGAGAGGCGUGUCUCCAUGGAGACUGUUGCCACAGAUGCCUGGCUGCGGCCCGGCACGUCAGAUACUGUAAAACGCUCCGGCUGCAGGGAGAGGCCAAACAGUAGGAUGGAUGCUCCACCCUGGCUGACACACCGCGUCACGUAGCUCCCAUUAGCUGUCUGAUGCUUGAUUCACUUUCUACUGACUAAUAUGUUAAUUGUGGGUCUUUGUUAGAAAACACAGCAUUCAAAGUUUGUUGAAGACCAGAGUCUGCCUGUAAAAAUAUUAAUGUCUGUUAGUUUAGACAAGAGCCAGUUUUACAAAAGACUUUCAGCAUGAAAAGUGCACUUUUUAGCCCAUAAAUAUCUCAUACUUAGCCCAUAAAAGUUUUGUAAAGUCUCAUAUCUGUGAAUGUACCAUAAAUAUAUUUAC